UACGCCCAGUUUACGCCAACAUCAGUGUAAAAUGGCAUUGUAAAAUGUCGGGACGUAGAAAAAGGUCAUGAUCCCGGUGACAUGUAGCUUGUCAUGCGCGCUCAAUGCCCAUGCAAGAUGCUCCGUGUUGCACUGUGGUAGGGUGGAUUGGAAGUUUGGUGCCUGUGCAUAGGGUUCAACACUGGCAACCCAAGGCUGCGAGAUCCUAGCUCUGACACGAGCGCCGACUAUAAUGUACAAUGAGUUAUGACAAGUACUGGAGAAGCUCAGAUGUUGCCAAGGAGAUAUUACCGUUUCAUCAAGAGGUUGUUGGGGAUUUUCCUCUUCAUCAUUCUUUCUUUUCUGGUUCUUAGCUGGCUUCAUGUGGGCUCAGACAUAGUGAACCAGAGACAUUUCAAAAACUGGGAAGUCUUGAAGAAAGUACACGAAGUCAACAACAAGUUUGAUCACGGCCCAGGUGAACAGCCAGCUGAAAAGUGCCCCAUACCUUACCUGAAGCAUGGGCAAAAUGGUCUCCUCAGUUGUCUCCCCUUUCAAAAGUUUCCCCUAUGUGUAAGAGACUUGAGCCUGUCCCUGGAUCUUGUACCAUUGCUUCAGAGCUCUUCUUCCAUUCCAGUGUCAACUGCAAACACCAGACUCCACUAGAGAUUUGUGAGAUAAAGAAGGAAAGUGGAGGCAAACACAGAGUGAGAUGUAGCCCCAAUAUGUGCGGACAGGCUGGUAUUGAGCUAGGCCUGACAAACAUAACAACAGGCGGCAUUCACUGGGAGGCUUUCAUGUCAUCAGAAUCCUUAGAAGGAAAGAUCUCAGAUUUGGUCAGUGGUAAAGCAUCUACUAAAACAUUUGGUUUUUUACUUCUGAAGUGUGCAUCUGUGACUAAGAAGAUGACAUACGAUGAUGUAGGGGUUGCUAACUACGAUAUGCAGGUGGAACCAGAGAGUACUCAGAUGGUGUGGAUACCAGAGUUUGAGGGGCUUAGAGGAGUGCCUACAGGGCUUGAGAGACAACCUGAACAUGUUAGUAUCAGUGUCAUUUUCCUGGAUUCUGUAUCGAGACAUCAUUUCUUCAGAUCUUUAUCCCGAACAGUAGAAAUGAUCGAACAAAUUAAUGCUGAGCCUAAAGCAGGAGCCAAGGUAUUGGACUUUAAACUAUUCCAGUCAAUCAAAGCGCGUACAUUUGAGAAUUUACAGGCUUUAAUCACGGGUGAAAUUGAUCUGAAAGCUGUUCCUUUUGGUAUUCAUGACCGUCCGGAUAAUCCACUUCAUCUCGAGUACAUGUUCAAUCCACUGAGGUCAGAUGGGUAUCGAACACUUUGGUUAGAGGAUAUGUGCUGGCACUGGGAGUGGGGGCUCCCCAAAGAUCUGUUGUCCUUCGAGAAGGAAAUGGAUUAUGAGAUAUUGUGGCAUAGAUUCUUGAAAGCCACAGCCAAUGCUGGCAUUGAUGAUGUGGGGCCCACCGUGGCUAGUUGCCAUAUUCUGGAUUUCUAUGGGAGGAAAGACCCAUUCUACGGCCCAGAGGCUCUGUGUUACAAUGGACUCCAUCAACAUGACUAUCUGCUUGGAUACCUUCGGACACAGCAAGAGCUGUACAGACAUCAUUCCAGUCCUCUGUUUUCUUUCUUUAUGUCCAGCAUCAGUCAUGAACCAACAGGCAGGAGGCUUCAGACGAUUGAUGAUGCCAUGGCAAAGUACUUGUGGUUCGCAGCGCAGCAACCAAAUACAGUCACCAUUGUGCUUUCUGAUCAUGGUAACUCGUACGGUGACUUCAUGGCGCAAAGUUCCGAAGCUCAGGUGGAGCUCUACCACCCAGUUCUGUUUAUAAUUGUUCCUGAUGGUCUGAUACAAAGACUAGACAGAUCUGAAAGAGAAGCAUUGUUCAUUAAUCAGAAUAGACUGGUCAGCAUGUUAGACCUUCAUAUGACCUUGAAGUCGCUGACGCAGAUAAAGGUCACAUCUGCAACCUCUUUUGAUAAAAGCCCUGCUGCCAAGGACUAUGAUAUUGUAGAAAAGGGUCUUCUACAGCCCAUAUCGCCCAACAGAACCUGUGCUUCAUUACCAUUACUCCGUCCUAACCUGUGUAUCUGCCAGGGUUAUGAACAACAAGUUUUGAACAACACUGACUACGUGUUGUAUGCUGAGUUUGCCCUUGGUCAGCUGAACAAUGAAAUCCAAAGACAAUUUAGAAAGGCAAAUCCCACGGCCAAAGCAGGAUUUGGUCACUGUCAGAGAUUGAUGGCCAAGUGGUUUGACAACGUGCGAGUGAUUUAUCAAAGUAAGGAUAGCUUUACAGUUAAACUUAAUCUACACAUUCCAAAUUCCGAUGGAAGCUCAAUGGAAGUGUUCCUUGUUAUGGUUCAGAGUGGGAACUCAAUCUCGGAUCACAUAUCAAUUCUCUCCUAUGAGAGGAUAUCAACUUACGGAAUCUAUAGAAAAUGUGCGGACAAAUCGAUAGAUGUCAAGCUGUGUAUCUGUUCUCUAUCCGAUCCACAUUCCAAAGUGCAUCCCCCUAGUUUAUCGAGUCUCCAGCAACCAGUCUUCUAUACAGAAACAGCUGUCAGCAAAAUUGAAAGAGAAGAGCCUGUGGCAUGUUUGUAUCUGCUCAGAAGAGAAUAUUUGUCAGGUGUUAACUUCGAAGUAGCAAAUGUGUGCCAGGAUAGGACUUUUACUUUCACUUUUGAUUUGAAGACGAUCAACACUGUAUCGUCUGUGACAGCAUGGCCUUUGUCCUUAUCUUUAUCACCAGGGGAUGUCUAUCACUUGUGUUCAGAGAUUCAAACUUGGUCCAAAGAACACUGGGACUGGAAAUACACAGUUCACUUUUCCUAGUUUUAUGUUAUUGAAUUGUUUUUCUGGAUCACAGCAUUUACAGUUAUAGUGUCAUUGUUAGUGCCAUAUUUACACAGAUAUUUGUUACCUGUAUCCCCCUCUCAGAUCAUGUGGAAAAUUAGGUUAGGUCAGUUGGGAUUUUGUUUUUUUGUCAUUUUUUCAAUAAAAUUUUCCUUUUAAAGGCAAAUUGUGCUGGAAAUGAAAAAAAUGAAUUAAUUUUACUUAUUAGAGGGUAGAUAAAAUCACAUGAAACAAAUUUACAUUUAUAGACGGUGUAACGGUUUUAUGCUUUGGUUACAUGCUCACAAAGUAUAUACACCGUUGAUAAACAUAUAUAUUUAUAUGAAGCUGUUUGGAUCUGAUGUUUUCUGUGAAGGGCGAAUUUACUUGUAUAACAAUUCCUGUGAUAUUCACUGUUCAAUUUAUUCUCAAAUAAAUACAGAAUAAUAUAAAUUAUAUGAUUUUUUUAUGUUUGAGAUUUACAUGUAUUUAGAGUUCCAACUAUGCAGUUGUUCAUAUACAUUUUGUUGGCUAAUAAAAUAAAAAGAAAAUCUGCAAAUUUACUAAGACUACUUCAGAUGUUGUGUAGAAAAAUUUGAAAAACAAACUCUUGUGUUAAGGAGUUUUUUUUUUGCUCUUUUUUUUAUGUAAUGUGUACAGUAGUACAGAAGAUUGAGUUUAAUGUAGCAACAUUCAAAUGGUAACUAGCAGACUUCUAGGAAUGACAUUUCUGACAUGAAGAGAGUAUUGAGCCCAAAAAAAAGUAAUGCAUGCAAUCAGACGUCCGUCACAGUCUUGUUUGACUCUGUCUCAAAAUUUAUAAUGGCCACAAAGACGUCGCCAGGAUGUUUUGAAGGUAGCGGGGUUGACUGUUCUUGUCUCACCAUUAAAGUGAAAUUAUAUCUAAAACAGCACUGCAUUGAUAAGCCCAUUUAUACUCUUGUCUUACACACCAAAGAUUAUAAAGGUGUUUUUGCUUAUCUAUUCAAAUCUUACCAUUUUUCAGAAAAUAUUUUACAGUUUCCUCUGCUUUUAGUCGUCACUCCCCUUUCUCUGACCCCAGCUUCAAAAUGAGAGGAUUUUGUUGCCCUAGUGAAGCCCUCUAAAUGGU